UCACCUAAAGAUCUGUGUCUCUCGGCCAUGGCUACUUGUGCCGCUGCCGCUGCUGCUGCUGCUGCUAGCGGUGGUGCUUUUGGACGUGGGAUUGGAAAGGCCGUGACGAGCAAGGCGAUCAGCAAGGCUGGGAGAGCGCGUGUGGCUUGCAAUUGCCACAAGAUGUUCGUUCCAGGAUUCGGAGGGCGGACUCCCGAGGGCCGUGCUGCGGACACGCUCCACAACUUCUUCACUUACAUUGCUGUCAAGAUCGUUGCUUCGCAGCUAGAGGACUACAACAAGGAGGCGUACGAUGAUCUCAUGAAGUUCCUGGACAAGGUGCCACUCAAGGACGGAGAUAAGUUUUGCUCGGCAUUGAUGAGGGAGUCUGGCCGUCACAAAGCACUUGGUAAGAGAUUACUCUAGUGUUUCCUAGAGGUCUUUUCUUUUUUUUUCUUUAUUGAUUCAUGGAAGUGGCCUAUUAGCACUGAGAAUUCUUGAGGUAAGUGAAUGUUGAUAUUGUUGUUGUUAAAACUCUGUUGUGAUAUUGUAAGUGAGAGCAGCCUAUGCAAAUAAUGAUUUUGAGUGGGAAAACAUGAAGAUGAUGUCUCUGCAAAAAAUGGACAACGCUAAUACCAGAUUAAUGAGGGAUUUUCUUGCUGAAACCACUGGAAUUGAAUAAUAUCGAAUUGAAUAAUAUCUUGGAUGCA